AUGACUGAGGAUGAGCAUAGUCGCCAGCAGCCUUUCUCAGGUAUUCGCCAUCUAGGAUAUGUGCAGAUCAAGCUCGACUGGACCAGAACAUGGCAAUUAUCCAUACGUCGAUCGCAGGCCACGGUUGGUGUCGAAUUAUCACCUCACAUGGUUACACAUGAGCCAGCGAUGCUUGCUCAAGGUUGUUCAACGCUUCUCUCACCGCCAUUUCCUCCCAUGUACAGAUUUCUUGUGCAUUUCACAACAUUCAUACAUUUAUACCGUACGAGCCACCGCGCAGCGCAAGCUCAUGCCUCUCAGCUGGAGAAGGAAAUACUCCCGUAUUGGCUAUCUCCAGUCAUUCUAAACGCCUCGUACUGCGACGGCAUUAUCACAAUCGGGCAGGAAUGA